AUGCUCAUGAACGCCUUUCAACUCCUCUGCGCUGCGCUCGCAGCAGCCCCUGCAGUUGUGAUGGCUGCAGAUGGCGAUUCUUCAUUCCCUAAAAUCGGCGAACUUGAUGUUGUCUUCCCGCGAAACGACACCUACGCCGUGGUCUCGCCUUUCCCUGUCAUUUUUGGCUUCCAGCGCAGCAACGCGCUCCUCAGAUUCGGCACUUAUCUCGAAUGGCAAGUCAGCUGCCCUCUGGUGAUGUCAGGCAUUGGAUUCUUCCGUGGCGACGAGACCAGCGGGCCUACGCAGGUUCCAUAUUACUACGUGAAUGAGUCGCGCGCCACGGGUAAGGACGUUUACAAGGAAGAUUUCCACCUCUGGAGGGGGGAGUCGAAGCAAUGCACUCUAAGCUGGAAGUUUGAGUUCGGGAUAGACUGCAAGAGAUAUGACAACGGCACGUUCGAGUCACGAGUGGGCUACUAUCCUGAGCAAAGCGGCAGUGUCAACUUUACCCUUGCGUUCGAUGGCAAGCUCCCUCACGAUGCUAUUGCCGGCUAUGAAGGAUGUCCCGAGCCUGCUCUGGCUGUCGAGGUCCAGAAGAACCUCACUGGAUGCCCGGAAAUUGACGGCGCCGGGCUUGUCGACACCAAGCCUUGCGACCUUGACGUCAAGUCCGCUGCGAGUAGCUUGGCGGCAGCGGUUGCGACACCAACUAUCACCCUGACCGAAGCGCCUGGAUCUACAACAACUUCACGAUCGUCAACCACGAGAACGUCCUCAGGGAGUGGAACCUCAUCCACUUCACCAACGGGAACCGGGACCAGCAAUAAUAACGAUAACCAGGGAAGCAGGUAUGGCACGUAUGGUGGCACUGUUGCUAUCCUAUGGUGCGCCUUGAUUGGAGUAUUAUCGUUUCUAGUCUUUAUGUGA